CCCUUUCGGGGAGGGAACCAAAUCCUCCCAGGAGACCCGAAGAAGCCGUUCUUCCAGGGAUGGAGCCGUCGAAAUUAUGGGGAGACCGUCCCCGCGCCCCCAAAGAGGCUGAAAGAGAGAGACUUUGCCUCACCUUCGCCCUCCGCGGCGGGAAAAGAACAGGCAUCGCCCGCGCAGCCCAAGCCUUCGAGCUAUUUGGAGUCAAAAUCGACCACCUGGAAACGAGGCCCAUUAGAAUUUGGAGAAAUACUGAUGAGGAUCUUGAGGUUUUUGUGAGGUGUGAGGUUCCAAACUGUAAAGUCAGCAACCUUAUCAGUUCUUUAAAGGAAGUGGCUGAAGAUGUGAAGACAAAGAGAGAAGAGAAAACUCCCUGGUUCCCUAAGAAAAUAAGAGAUCUUGACCAGUGCCAUCGCCUGAUCACCAAAUAUGAUCCAGGUUCAGAUCAUCACCACCCAGGAUACAGUGAUCCAGAAUACAGGAAGCGCAGAGCCUUUAUUGCUGACUUGGCCUUUAACUUCAGACACGGAGACCCAUUACCAAGAGUUGAGUACACUGCACAUGAAACUGCUACAUGGAAAGAAAUCUAUCAGAAGCUGAGCAGUCUGUAUCCCACUCAUGCCUGUAAACGGUACCUGGAAGCAUUCGACCAGCUUGAAAAAUACUGUGGAUACCAAGCAGACUGUAUCCCUCAACUGCAAGAGGUUUCUGCAUUUUUAACAGAAAGGACAGGAUUUAAGUUGAGGCCAGCCGCAGGGCUUCUAUCUGCUCGGGACUUCCUUGCCGGAUUGGCGUUCCGUGUCUUUCAGAGUACACAGUACAUCAGGCACUCAUCGUCCCCUAUGCAUUCUCCCGAACCGGAUUGCUGUCAUGAACUGUUGGGCCAUGUUCCCAUGUUAGCUGAUAAGGAUUUUGCCCAAUUCUCACAGGAUAUUGGACUGGCUUCCCUUGGAGCAUCUGCUACAGAUAUAGAAAAUCUAUCAGCUCUCUACUGGUUUACUGUUGAAUUUGGUCUUUGCAAACAAAAUGGAGCUAUCAAAGCCUAUGGAGCAGGCCUCCUUUCCUCGUAUGGGGAGCUGAUGUAUGCUCUAUCAGAGAAGCCCGAAUACAAACCCUUUGACCCAGAUAUGAUGGUGGUCCAGCCAUACCAGGAUCAGUCAUUCCAGUCCAUCUACUUUGUAGCAGAGCAUUUUGAAGAUGCAAAAUCUCAGCUCCAGAAAUAUGCCUUGACACUCAAGAAACCUUUUCCUUUGCAUUACGAUCCCUUUACAUGCAGCAUAGAAGUGCUCGAUUCACCACGAAAAGUGAAAGAAGUCAUCACUCACUUGAAAGAAGAACUGGGAAACCUGUGUCAUGCUUUUGAAAGGUUUUCUUAAAAGGAUUUGGAUUUAAUCUUUCAUGACGAUAAAUGUAAUGUUAGGAGACAUGUACAUUUUGCUGGCUUAAAUAAAUUUGGUAUUCAGGUAUACUGAUGGCACAGCCUGAGAAAAUAUUUUUAAGAAGAACUGAUUAAAUGACCUGCUGAAGGCAUGCAUAACUGGGCAGUAAUAGGAAGGUGUUCAUCUGUGUACUACAGCAGGGCUUCUUAAUUUUUUUUCCAAUUGCAACACCUUUCUGCCUGAGAAAUUAUUAUUUGACCCUGGUUAUAUGUGUAUAUAAAAUAAGUAUUAGAAAAAUCAAACAUUUACCGAUAUCAAAUCAGCAUUGGCAAGGCUGGCUAAACAGGCUCCUAUUUUGUGGAGCAUAGCUGAAUCAUCCUCUGAUUAAGGUAUCUGCGAAUCUAAGGACCAGACUAAUAUUGUCACCAGCAUUUUAAUGGUUGAAUUGGGCCACGGCUGGGAUGCUGUAUUAUUCAUUUUAUGGCAAUUUGUACUGUGUUUCCUUUAUUUUGAAAUUGGACUUUUUGUAAUGUAUUGUUUUUAUCUUAACUGUUGUUAUCAUUGUUUAAUAUAUGAUGUUAUUUUACCUCUAAUUUUAUGUGUUAUGGCACUGUAUGUGCUUCUGUAAGCCACCCAGAGUCCUUCUGGGAGAUGGUGGUGGUGGGGGGGUAUGUUGUUGUUGUUCUGCAGAAUCCACUAGAAAUGCUACACAACAGAUUUGUGUAAAUGUCUAAAACAGCCAUUAGAUGACAUUUAGAAAACAUUUACUGUUGCCAAUGUUUUCAUGACCCCAACAUUGAACUCAGGAACCCCAUUUGGGGUUGGGAGCCACAGUUUAAGAAGUGCUGUCUUACAGCAUCAUCCUAUAACUGCUCAGUUCUGGAGAGCUUCCUUGACAAGUGAUUAUAUUCCUUCUUAAAAGUAACAUUCCAAGCUAUAGUAAUGAUUCCUAGAACAAAAUUGGUUAGCUAGACAUUGAAUGUGAGUGUGAAAAGCAAUAUGUUCUUUAAAAUGCCCUGAAUAUUCAGGCUGCCACUGUUUUUUUAAGGGUGCAUGGACAGUAUAGGAUUAAUGUAUUUUGGCACUACUUUAGCUGCCAUGGCUCAGUGCUAUAGAAGCAAGGGAGCUGUAGUGAUACAAAGCCUUUUCUGCCUCACUAGAUCACAAAUCCCCCAGUUCUGUUUCUUCCAAUGGGAUUAGCAGGGUGGACAUAAUAAGCUGAGAACCAAAGUGUGUGCCCUGGUUCUCCAAAUGAGCCUACUUUGAUCCUUGCUUCCAAGGGUCAGUCCCAAGAUUUUCAGAGAGUCGUCAAAAUAAGUAGAAACUAUAUAUAUAUAAAAAAACUCCCAGCAACCAAGUUUUCAUGCAGCUCUAAACUGUUGGUCACUGGCUCAAGGUCAGAAGGUGGGUAUUUCCUGUACGGAGGAAUGUGCCUAUAUAGGCUAAUAAGAAUGUGAACAAUCUGUAGUUGAGAUGAUGUAUGAUUGUGUUGUAAUUUGACAAUAUUUCUGCUAUAACCACCAGAUGGCAACGUAACAUUGAGAGUCACAAUUUCUGCCCUCCCCAAACUGCAAUGAAGUAACUUUCCCCCCUUCUUUUGGAUUAUUUUUUCAGUUAAUAGAAAAUAUACUGUUUGACGUAUUGAAGGCAAAAACAUGUGUAUGCAAAGCUACCGAUUUGCUUCACUUUCUCCUGAUAUGACUUUAUCAUUUUAUUUUUUAUUGCCUCUGUGCCCACUAUCCUGAAAGGUAAAAAAAAUUCUGGCACUAGCCCACGAAGGAGAAGUUCUGUGCUAAUAAAAAUUGGAGGCAUUGUCAAAACAAGGUGUAGAUAUUGCUCAGUGUUUUUGUCUUACAUAGCAGACACAUCCACAUCACCAUAAAAGGGAACGGCCACACUCAGUAAUUAUUUGUGCUUUUAAGUAUUUUCAUCUGUGGUCUAAAAUGCCAUGGGCAGGUUCUUGACAGGAGACGAUUGCAGAAAGUAUGUAAUUUCCUUGUUAGUUCAGCUCUAUUGGUUAUCACUCUGCACUGGCUUCUAGUCUUGGCACAACUAAAGUCGAUAUUUGUGACUUAUAAAGCACCAUAUGACUUAGAUCCUACUUGAAGGACUCUAUUCUAUAAUAAUCAUCAUCAUCCAAAAAUACAUCACACAGUCCUAGACACUUGGGAAGUGUUCGACUUGGGAUUUUGUGAUACGAAAUCCAGCAUAUCUAUCUUGUUUGCUGUGUCAUACAAUGUUGUUGUGUCAAUAAUAAUAAUAAUAAUAAUAAUAAUAAUAAUAAUAAUAAUAAUAAUGUAUUUAUACCCCACCACAAUCUCCCAUAGUGAACCUGGGGUGGCUUACAAAAUAGCACACAAAGAUGCCAUACAUAAAAUACAUAAUACAUAAAAUAAAAUACAUCAACACGAAAACAAUAAUAACAUUACAUAAACCCAAUAUAUAAAUUAGAUAAAACAACCUCUAUUAAAAUAGAAUCAGUUAAAAGAUCCAUAGCAGCCCAGCUGAAUGCACACAAUAUAGAUAUAAAGUGUUAAGUGAUUGGCAAUCAGGACUGUGCAGAAGGGGCCUUAGUGGCUGCUCCAAAGUAUAGGCUGACCCAUUCCCUCUUGUUCUUCUAUUGCCUAGUAAGCUAUUUUAUUCAGACAUCUUCCAUUUAAAUGAGGUUGCUGUUGAAAGGAGUUUGAACAAGUUGACUAAUAUUGUUUUUUCCCCUAUGAUGUAUUUUCAUUGUGCAUGUGAACAGUUUUUUGUUAUAUUUUUGUUUUCCUUUAUACCUUCCUUUUAUACCUUUAAUGAUGCUGUGAUGUAUGCUGAUGAUCAGAAUAAAAGGCUGGGCUGUGGCCCAGCUAGUAAAUCACCAGCAGUAAUAAGAACUACCAACCGAAAGGUGGCCAGUUCAAAGCCCGGUCGGUGUGAGCACCUGACCGUCAAGCCCAGCUCACUGUUUACCUAAGCAGUUUGAAAACAGCUUAUAAGCUGUAAGUAGAGAAAUUAGGCACCACAAAUUGCAGGGAAGGUAUUUUAUGACACCAUAAAUAACAAGACCAGAAAUGCGGUGACUGAGAGGAAGGUGGAAGGAGGAAGUCCUGAUGGCUCUUCAUCAUAGAGAAUGGAGCAACAGCACGCCCUGUGACAAAAUCUGAGCGCAACCUCAACCUCCAAGGCACCAAAAAAACUGGACUUCAAGACUACAUACCUCCUUCUGUUUGUCUUGUUCUGUCCGGUCUCCAAACAGCAUUGAAUGUUUGCCAUGUAUGUGUAGUGUGAUCUGCUUUGAGUCCCCUUGGGGAGAUAGGGGGGAAUAUAAAUAAAGUAUUAUUAUUAUUAUAACC